ACGUGCUGACCAAUCAGAGCUUUGCUGAUUUGAUCCCGCCAAAAUUACCUUCGGUUAAAGUCGGGAAUAAUCGUAUGAUACUCGGUUCGCCCUUGGUUUUAUAGCAAAGACAUGGCUUCGCUUGGGUUAUUUCGAAGAUGUAAUCGAGUCAGUUCUUUCCUUUGUCAGGGCUUUAAAGGAACCGAUUCUUUGUUCGCUCGUUGUAGAAUAGGGGGCAUUCUUUCUUCCAAGCGACAUUGUAGUGAAAGGUAGGAUUGCAUUAAUCUUGAAUUUUUUAUAACAUGCUUGAGUGCCAUUGUCCUUUUCACGCCUUACUUGACUGUUAAUUAAAAGAGAGAAUUGGUCCGGAAUACCUUUAAAUUAUUGAAUAUCGAACCUUUAUUUGCUAACUGUUUGACAGCCUGAUUAUUGGUGCUGGCUCCCUCUGGCUUAAUAGAUGGAACCAGUAAACGUGACGUGUCUUGUAGAUUUUUGCUGAUUCAUUUUAUUCAGCAAAGAUGAUGGUAUCACUCCUCUUUAAAGAACAAGAAUACAAAUUGGAAAAGCUCAAGUUCAAGAAGCUGGAGGUCUAUGCAGCUGAUCAAAAACAAAUCUGAGCUCCAAGAGUUUGAGCCAUUACAACAUAACUGACACAUUUUGAAAAAUAUAUUUUAAAUUAUUUACAGGAACUGGAACCAAUGAGAGGAAAGAAAAGUCUAUGUGAAUAAUCGACUUUCUCUGAAAUCUCUUAUUUAGUAGGGAAAGUCACUGGAGACAAGGUCGUGUGCCUUUGUGUUCCCGUGUUUGGGUUAGACGAAACUCUUUGGAAUGUCUUCGGACAUCUUCGAAAAUUAUCAGACCCCUACGAAAAAUCCUGGCACUUUCAGGAUAAAAAUGUCACGCCUAUGAAUUAAAUUUGUUGUUUUUUGUUGUUGUUUUAAAGUUGGCAGGUUAUUAUUAAUUUUUUUGGCUGAAAAAGGGGUCUUAAUAGAGGAUUUACAGUACACUAUAAACUUAUUUAAUUUAAUCUUAUUACAUGAUUAGCCUAUGGCAUUAUUAUUCAACAUAAUUGCAAUUUGGGUAUUUUACAACUGAGCAGUGACCCUACGCUACAACACUUGGGUGCCAGCGUCAUAUUACAACAUUCCCAAGUGAUGUGUGACUCUAGCCUGGGAAGCAGGGAUUUGAUUUUUGUUAAGAAAAACUUACAUGUGGCAAAGGAUGUUAUCAUUAUACUUCUUACCCUCUCAGAGGAUGUGUUUUAGUUUGAUCACACUGCUACCUCUGGGAGUUCACACCUACAUGUAAUAAAAACUUUAGUGUGGUUGACAUUUUUAUAGGAUGUUCAAGGAAAUGACCUGAUGUCCUAAAUAAAAAAGUCUCAGCUACAACCUUUUUGGAAGAGGUUAUUUUCCAAUGCAAAAUGCCAAUAGUGAUAAUUCUUCCAGUCUCCUUACUCAAUAUACCAUGCCCAAAAGAGUCUUGACUUGCAUUUUAGGGCUGUGCUGUAGCAGAGCCUGAAGACGCCUAGCGACCUUCUUUGUCUUUGGUCAACCAAUGUAUCUUAGUUCUUGCACAAGUAUGAUAAGCACCCUGGAUUUCGUGGGUUCAGGGUUUUUAAGCUCCCUAUGUUUCCCUAUGAUUUUUUGGGGGAGGGCAGGUUUUGAUUGCUACCAUAGCUUGUUCUAGCCAAGGUUUUCUUUUUGAGUGAAAUUUUACCGUACUAUAAGUCAGAAGAGAUGUUUUCCUGUCUUAGGGCUGGUUCACAGGGCACCCAUCAGUCAGAGAGCUUACAAAAGUAGUGAUAUUCACUAUUUGUCUUGCAGCGGUGGAUUUCCAUCAGUUGUGGGUCAUGAUCUUCUUACACUUAAAGAUUUCAGCAAUUCUGAGAUUGGAUAUCUUUUAUGGAGUGCUGCUGAUCUCAAAAAAAGAAUAAAAAUUGACAAAGAGGUAGGAGCCCAACAUCAUUUUGUUUGGUAAAAAUAAUUUGACUUUUGUAUAAUUGUCUGAGCUAGAAUGGUAAGUAGACUCUGGUCUAGCAUGGCUGCUGAGCCAGCCAACUUGUAGAAAACAGUGACCUUGACAGGGCUCAAAAAAGUCCUGUCCAGUAGUCUGGGGUGAGUAGACUUUCUCCCUGGCAGGUAACUGGUUAAGUUCACUUGCCCAGUGGGCAAGGGCCCAGGUAUCCCUGGAGACUCAAAGGCCAUCAGUAGGGUUGGGGGAAUAACCGCGAAAGUUUAAUUAAAACUUUUUGUUACCGUACAUAUUUCGUGUCUUAACUGACUGCUCCUGGGGCUCUGAGGAUGAGGUCCAGGCAACUUGGAAACAAUUGAGGUUUCUGGGUAGCUGACCACCUACCACUCUCCUAAGUCAAAAUUUUGCCCUAAGAGAGAAGUAAGUGUUAAUGUUGACUUAGGAGGGGGGGGGGGGUACCUCCUCAAUUGAUUCACAAGUUGUCCUCUAUAACUAAAGUUUUUUCUAUCCCUGCUUAAGAAUCUAUGAUCCUGAUGUGGCAAAAAUGGAUUUGCUGUGUUCAACCCUACUCUAGCUGUAUUAAAUUGUAACAUAAUUGGCUAAAUUUGCUUUCCAUAAUCUUGAGUCUACCAAGCAGUAACUUCAAAAGGGCAAAAACUGGCCUUCCUGUCUUCUCCACACACCUUCAAGUUAUUUUAACAACUUGGUGCCAAGGGUGACAUUUAGGAAACAGGAUAGAAACUGCCAAAAUGAAGAAAAAGCGUAGGAGUCUUCUUAUUGCUAAAUCAUUAUUUCUUUUGCCUUCUGCUAUUGUCAUCACCUUUGUAAAAUUAAUGUUCUAACCAGGGAUUUUUAUUACUAGUUUCAGAAUGUACGGCUUUUAGAGGGGAAAUCAGCUGCUCUUAUUUUUCAGAAGCGCAGCACACGAACAAGAGUCUCAACAGAAACUGGUAAAAAUUUGAAAGAUUUGUGUUAAUGUUCAUCGUUUUUUUAAUUUCAGUGCAGCAAUAAUGAAGUUGUGGCUCUUGUCUCGAAGAAGUAUUUUAAACUUAAUAAACUGUAGCAAUUUGUUUCAAACAGACAGGGUUGUCAAAAGUAGCCAAGUGCCAGCAAAAAAUCGCCGCCCACUUGGUUAGUAUCGGCCGGCAUUUUAAACUGCAAUUUGUUUCAAACAGAGGAAAACCUCAUUGUCAUCCACCACUGCAUCAAAGAAAAUUGACAGAUGCCAGUCUGUUAUUACUGAGGUGCCUGGUGAAAGAUUGAAAGUGCCACAAAUGUGUCAUUAUGCUUGCAUUUUAUGUUAAAUUACUCAUGCAUUCACAAUAAAAAUAUGACUGUUGUCAGCAGAGGCUACUUUUCACACGCCACUACAUCUAUGAUGAAAGAGUAGUAUGGUCGUGAUGGGUAGAUGUAUUUGCCUGAAGGCAGUAUGAUGUUGUAAUGCUCUUGAGGUCUUUUCUAACUAUUUUCUUCGCUAUACUGUAUUUGUAUUUCCUAAGAUGAGAUUUUGUUGUUUAAACUACAAUAGGUCUUGCUCUGCUUGGAGGAAACUGUGUCUUCCUUACAGACAGUGACUUUCAUCUUGGCGUCAAUGAAUCUAUAAGGGACACUGGAAGGUAAAAAUAAUUGAUAGUUCGUAGUAUCUUUAAUGUGUUUCACCAAAUAUAUGCGGAUUAAUUUAGGUUUUUGGGAAACUGCCCACCUACCCCUUCCCUAAGCCAUCUUUUUGCCCCAAGUGAGAAGUAAGUGUUAAAUAUUAUGUUAGUUUAGGGGAGGGGUAGGUGGGCAGUUUCCCAGAAACCUAAAUUGACCCAUUGAAGUGUGCAGCAUAAAGCAUACCAUUCUCAUUAUUGUCAUUAUUAAUUGGCAACAUUACAAGUAGUUAGGGUGAUGGACCUGUAAUUGGGGUAUCUUGUAUAGAAUUAUUCUACAAUCCUGCACAAAAUAGUUGAAGCACAUGGUCGAUUUCCAAAGUUCAAAAAUUAUUGUUCGAUUAGCUUUCCCAAACUGGGCUUAAUAUGGACAAAACUCUUAGGGGCUGAGAGGUCUGCGUUGUGCAUGCCCAAAAAAUCGUAAGUGUCCCAAGUUUUUUACAGGGGUUGUAUUGACGCAUCAAAGAGUUGUUUUCAGUGCUCCCAUGAUAAAUUCCUCACUCUGCCCAUGAUUGUAAAUACUCAACUGGUCUGCCUAAUGCCACUGAGUGUCCUAUGUAAAUACAGUUGACCCUUCAUUAAGUGGUACCCUCUAUUAAGAGGCCAGUAAUCAGAGUCCCUAAGUAAUAAUUGUAGAAAAGAAUGGGAGCUCACCCAUUGUUGUCACCUCCAUCAAGCACUUGAUUCACUCAGUUUACCUUUAUUUCAAGAAUAUGAUGAAGGAAAACACAGUCCUACUUAGAAGAUGGUGAUUGCUUGUCGACCAGUAAUGCUGUUCCCCUCACGCGUUUGUUUCAAGAAUAAUAAAGUGCUGUUUCUGUUUAUGAUUAUGCCAAUUUCCAGACAAACCUCUAAUAUUGAGUGGUCAGCCUCCAUUAAGCAGCCACUUGCCGGUACCGGUAGGGUGACCGUUAAAUGGAGGUUCAACUGUAUGUACUAUUUAGUACACCAGCAUCUGUGGUGUUAUUGAAUAAAUUUAAUUUGUAAAUAUACUUUUUUUAACUCUCUUGCACUGAUUUUUACUCAGGGUGCUGUCAGGAUAUUGUGAUUUCAUCCUGGCUAGAGUUAACAGGCAGAAAGAUCUUGAGGUCUUGGCUGAAGGAGCUACCAUACCUGUCAUUAGGUAGAAAAAUAGUGGUGAUAAAUAUUACAAAUUUGUUUUUAGAUAAAAAAGAAAAGAAAAGGUGCUGAUAUAUCACCCAAUGUCAUUUGCCUUAAAUUGUGUUUAUUAUUAUUACGUAUUAUGAGAGCAUAUUUCAAACAUUAGAUUGGUUCUAGGAAUUCUAGAAUUAAUAUUUGUUCUUUUUCAUCUUUUUCUUGAGCCUGCCUCCAAUAUCAAGAUAGCUUCUUGUGGUUUUCAAGAAUUGAGUGUAUCUUAUUUUAACAAUUCUGUGAUUAGUUGAUUGAUCAAUCAAGUGGCUGCACAUUGUUGUAAAUUUUUGCACGUUAAUUUUUUUGUCUGAGCUGAGGAAAGUGAACAUGAACUAAUUAACUACUGGUUAAAAAACAUGAGCUUUUCUUGAUGGCUUAGCGACAAGAUACUGUAAUCAAUUGUAACAUUCAGUUAGUGUGUACAAACAAGUAAGACCAUGUUGAGUGUUGAUUAUUAAUAUUGGAGGACGUGACCAUUGAGGUGAUUCCACGAAUGAGGGGCUGUUAAUUAAGUUAAUUAAGGGAACACAAUAAUUAUUUUCAUCGAUAAUGGAAGCUCUUUCUCUUACCUUUUAGUGGGCUAUCGGAAAUGUACCAUCCAUUACAGAUUCUUGCUGAUUUUCUAACUCUACAGGUAUAUUUCAACGCUGACUUACAGCUUAAGGAUUAUUAGCUUUUAACAGUAAUAUAAGGGUUUAAUGGGACACUGUAUUCAGUAUUACAUGAACAGUUUGUAACAAUGCAUUGCAAAUGGCUGCCAAACUAUCACAAAAUUACAUAAUGUGGGGGGUACUUGUGAGGUCUUUAUGCUAAAUAAAAGGACGACCAGGCUUAAAGAGACAAAUUAUGAAGAAAAUGGGACAUAAAUAAUACACUGUAUUUCAAAAAAAAAUAUUAAUCUCUCACUUCAGCUUUAGAAAGACCAUAAAGGCCGUAAAUGUUGUGGCACAUUACUGCCAAAUCCAGGGUGUCAAAUUGGGGAUUUUCACUGAUAUUGUAGUUGCCAAUUUUAUUCUACUCACAUUGGUGACCAUGCAAUGAAAUAUUAUGAAAGUUAAAGGGGAUUUGUCACGGCUCGCUAGCUCAUUUUGUUUAUAUUAAUGCCAGUAUUACUUGUCCUUCUUCAAAAUGGAACUUAUGAAAAUUAAUUACUGACGAAUUACAAAAUUACAGCUUUCACAUCAAACAAACAAUAGGCCAUAUUAUAGUACAGUUAUGGAUGGAAGCGAGACUGGAGUUCACCUUGUUUUGACACAAACCUUCCUGCUUUAUUAUUUAAAUCAAGUUGUUCUUAUGCUGGCUAGAAUUUUUCAAGGACAAUGUCCAUAACAAAGCAAAAGAGGUUUGUGUCAAAACAAGGUCAACCUCAGCUUCACAUUCACUUGAAGGCUAGGAUACUAAGUCCACAACUGUAAAAAUGGUCUAUUUGUGUCCCAGGCAUUACCGGUAUAUCAAACGUUACAUUAAAAAACAACAACAACCGUCUUUGAAAAACUAUUAGGCUUAUACGUUUUCAAAGACCUGAAUUGCAAUCUGUUUCAAUGUCCUUCACGUUUCUCCACCUGUUUCUUCUUUUUCUAUUUGCUGCGUUAUUUAUACCUUGUUUUCUGCGGUCCAACUUUUUGAAUGUUGAUAAAUUUCGUAACACAGUAAAAUGUACAUACAAUUAUUGUUUGAGGUAACGCUUUUAAUGUUUUGUUAAUCAGGAGCAUUUUGGUAGUCUGUAUGGCCGCACAAUUGCAUGGGUUGGUGAUGGUAACAAUAUCAUUCACUCGCUUAUGAUGGCAGCACCCAAAUUUGGAAUUCACUUAAAUAUUGCAACUCCAAAGGUGAGGUACAUAGUACUUUAAAUUUUCCCCACCCCUUCUUCUGGCCAUACUAAAUGUUUUAUCAUUUGUGACGCAGGGCUAUGAACCUGAUGCAGAAAUCUCCAAGAUAUGUCAACGUUUCACUGAAGAGGUAAGUUAUAUGGUUUGUGUAGGCCAGAAUGGUUCAUUUUUACCCUUCCCCUUACGGCCACAUAUGUGUCAACUCUCUCAGAUCAUUGCUUAGUCUCCCUGAUAUGGCACAAAUCUCUUGAUCUCGAACUCUCUUAUAGGUUACCAAAUCUCCAAAUAAAAAUGUCUUUGAUUAUUUACGGUGCAUAAGCCUGAAAUUUAAUCCUAAAAUUCCUUUUCCUUAUUUUUUUUGUUUUUUAAAUUUGGUACUGCAAAAGAGCUAGUGUCCAGAUUUAAACUCUUCAGGAGUUGGCUUCUCAUUUUUUUUGUUCCCGGAACUUACUCUUGCGGAUCGCUGGUGAAAUCGCAAAAAAUUUGCUUCCACACGGUAGGCAUCCGAUUAAUUGAGGAGUGCAAAGACUUUAAUCACAACGUGUGGAGGAAAAUGAGCCGUCAGCUAUAGUGUUUCAGAACUCAGUAAUAAUGCUACCUAAUGCUACCUUUUUGGCGGAGCUUUUAUAGUAAAAAAUAAAAUAAAACAUAGGACUCGUGAUAUUAGUCUAUGGCAGAUAUUGUGCACAUUAUUGAUCCCAAAUGGCACCUGAUCACAGGAUGCUCCAGACUUGCAAGCUACUUGUAUCUUGGUUUGAUAAGGCUAAGCACAAAAAGAGUAUUUGCAAUCAUCACUGGUAAGUCAAUUUUGACUGUCAAUAACAAGCAUUUUAAUUGUUAUAACAGAACAAGACUUCAGUAAACUUUACUGAUGAUCCGAGGGAAGCAUGUUCUAAUGCUGAUGUAGUAGUGACGGACACAUGGAUUAGUAUGGGACAAGAAGAGGAGAAGGCUGCAAGAUUAAAGUCUUUUUCGGGGUAUCAAGUUGAUACCAAGGUCUGUUAUUUAGAUCGUAUUUGACAUUUGCAAGUUGACAUGUAAAUUAUUCCAUUGAAUGUGACGUAUCGUAGUGAAUUACGGUCGUUUCGCCCGAAAGUCGAUUCGCGCGAAGACGUGCAACACUCUACACUUUAGAAACGUUUUUUCUAAAGAAAUUGAUUUGGGGUUCUUUUAUGCGUUAUCAUAUCCAUUUUGAAAUCACUGGUGAUCUCUGAAUCUGAUUGGCUCACGGCAGUGUGAUUUAUUCACGAGUCACACUAUUUUUUUCUCUAAAUUACAUCUGUUGCAGAAUUCUGGUUGAAUUAUUUUAAUAAUUACAAGAUUGUAUCCAGGGCCUACAAAGAAAAAUUGGGCGUCCUUCAUAAAAGAUCAAAUUUGCAAUUGACGUCUUAGUUGUACAGUGAGGGCAAAGAAAUGAACCAAAAAGUGUGAUGAAAAUGCAAAAUUAUUUCAGUGUAUAUUAAUUUACGUCUGCGUUGCCGUUCCCUCUGCAGAUCUUAUGUGUACGCGCUUUCGAAUUGUCGAAAAAACGUCUUUGGACAGUGUUUAGUGGAGUAGUACUCUUUAGCUGAGUAAAUCAACCCUUUAAUCAGUUUGAAUAAUUCAGCCAGGCUCACGUGUACUUCCUAAUGAUUGCCAUAUAUUUACCUUGCAGCUCAUGUCUCUUGCCAAAGAAGAGGCUGUUUUUCUUCAUUGUCUACCGCGGAAACCAGAAGAGGUAACCGAUGAAGUUUUUCAGUCUGAAAGAUCUCUGGUUUGGCAGGAAGCAGAGAACAGAAAGUGGACAGUUAUGGUAAGAAGGGCAGUUUGGAUAUAUAGUGGGCAUCUAGUCAGUUCUGGCCCCUCUGUCUUCUCUGGAAGGGUGUUAUCCACCUCGACCUUCGGCCUCAACGGAUAACACCCUCGAUCUCCAUAAUUUUUUAGGGCCGGGUUGUUCAAAGCUGGGUUAAGUUAACCUAGUUAGUGCAAAAUUUGAAGUCAGACAAUGAUCAGCAGUGCUUUAAACCACACGAAAGCGAGGCAAAAAAUGUUCUACUUACAUCUGGCGAGAUUUUAAGCCCUAUCUCAGGCCGGCGGAGUGAUCACGGAUGAUAGUUGUGAUUAUUUUAUAACGGUGGUAAUAAUUAUUAUGACAGUGAUCGUGCUACUAAUGAUUAUAGUUGUAAUCAUAACUAUAACAAAAUUCUCAAAUCUGAUUGGUUCUCAACUUCCCUGAUUUCAGCCUUAAUAGGACAGUUUAAUAGGACAGUACGCGUCAUGCCUAAGUAAUUGGACAGUACGCGCCAUCACGCGCGCGCUUAAAUGCAUUUUUUUUUUUCAUUGCUAGCGAAAAAAUCUUGGAAUUUCUUGUGUUUUGAUUUUAAAAGAGCCCUAUAUAUCAUCAAUUUUGUUAAAGUUAUGAUUAAUUGGUAACAGAACUUCGUGUCGUCGAAUUCGCUCUGUAAUCAUACUCGUGAUUAAACAAAUCGGACUCCCGCUACGCGGUAGUCCGAUUUUGUUAAUCACUCGUAUGAUUACAGACCCAACUGGACUCCACUCAGUCCUGUUACCAUUACUAAUUUGGUAAUAAAAAUAUUCUUUUUCAUGUUUUCCCAUAGGCUGUGAUGGCGUGUCUGAUGGAGGAUUACAGCCCUAUUCAUCCUAUGCCAGAAUUUUAAUUCUACCACAAUGCCGAAUUACAGAACAUACCAAAAGAAAAAUUCUCAUCUAGUAAUAUAUAGCUAGCAAGGUGUCUAUACUUUGUUCUCCUCGCUUCGGCGGAUAUUGUUAGCCUCGGUGUAUACGACUGAUAAAUUGUCUUAAAUUAAGGUUCUUGGAAACAAUUUCGGGCUAUUUUACUGUCGGACAAAAAAGUGUCCCAAGGUAUAAAACUUAAAAGUCCUUCAGUCUUGGGCGAUGCCAUUAUACCGUCAAAACCAAUAUACACUACAUGAUUUGAAUUUGGAUUUGGCUUUGUUCAGGUGUCAUUUAUUUCAUAAAUGGCAAGAAAAUUGUGUGUUUCGUUCAUAAAAAAAAAAAAAAAAAACAGGCGUAGAUGUACAAUUUUAAUUUCGAAGUUGUUAUUUCUUCGAUGUAAGCCCUGUUCUUCAAGCUUGAUUGAAUGUCUUCGUCGCCGUUUAUCAUUUUCACAUUUUGCUUCAGUCUUACUCAUGUUUUGUGGGCGUAAAUUUGCUAAAACUGUCCUAACUGGGAGACAAACUGUCCGAAAAUCAAACGUCCGAAAUGUUUUGCAAGUUAGGUAUAUUUCAAUUGGUGAUGGCAACUUCAAAAAAUCCCGCAUUGUUUUUACACAGUAGUUAAGAGAAUUAGAUGUAACAGCGCGUGGAUUCAUUUGACUCUAACAGACCACUUGAUUUUAUUGCGGAUGUGUUUUGCCUUUAAGCCAAUUCAGUCAUUAGGAACUGGCAACCAAGUUGAGUGAAAUAUGAUACUAACCGCUUAAAACAAAGAAGGAACAUUUAAGAGCGGUUUUCUGUAAGGACCGACUAAGGGUAUGCAAGAUAGAAAAAUCCGAUUUUCCCAAACUUUGCCAGAGAGAAGGCCUUGAUGAACUGUUUCUGAAAAUAUAACUUUCGGGUCGUUUGGGGUUUUACUUAUUUUUUUAGUGAAUUUUUUAAAUUUUGACCGUUAACGCCGGCUUUAAUCACGCCGAAAUAUGCACUUUUGCAGAAGCUCCCAUUAAUACCUUGAAACCUUUCAUAAAAAGAUUAACCAAGCAAAUCAAACUAUCGUCUUUUCUCAGAUUAUCGGUGUCGUCAAAUGCAAAUAAAAUGUAAACGUGAAAAUUUGACAGAUUUUCUAAUUUUACACCUUUCAAUGGUGAUUACAACAACAGUAUUUUGGCUAAAUUCAAGGCCUAAAAAAGCACUCUGGUACAUCGCUUUGACCAACAAAACUAUACUACGAGGAAACAUUAUCAUUUCAACUAAACAUCGAUGAAAAAAAAAUUGGGGUAAAUGAAACGGCGAGUUCUGAGAGCGUUUUCAAAAUGGGUUACCUGGGCCAUUUUUGAGCGACCUUUUGAACUUGGAACAGUUCCAAAUCAGUCAAGUGUAGUCUCAUUAUAUUUUUAGCAACAUUGGAUGUUUUGUACUAUACUGACAAAAGGCAUGGGAUAUUUCUAUAAUAGAUACUUAAGUGUUAGGAUAAUUCCUAAAUAAUCGUACUUACCCUGAAUAGUGCUGGGUAAAGUCUCUGGGACUCAAGGUAAAAACGACGCACAGGAAUAACGGACCCCGGGGGUACUCCCUUAUAUGUGCCCCUAGACCGGGUAUGGUUUUUGAACUCUCUGUUCUAAACAGGGUAUAUCAUAAACAGAGUAUGUAUUUUGCAAUUUGUUUCUCCUAAACAGGGUCAGGGUUUCAAAUCCUCAGCGGCUCACAUAUACCCUAGUAUUGGUCGAGUAACCCCCGGGUUACGGACCCACAAAGACAAAUUAAACAAAACUUGUAUGGAUCGAUUCCUUUCUUUUGUUGUCAGCAAAAUCCUGUAAGAAUUAAGGGAAAAUCUAACAUCGGGUAGAUGAGCACAGAUUUAGGAAGCGCUCGUUAAAUUAACAAUGUUUCUCUCACAUCUGCUCUUAGUCUUAUACGAUCAUAACGCUUCCUGUUAAUUCUACGUAUAAUAAUUAAACAUCGUCAGUUUAAGUGAUUAUAAUACGAGUCAAGUUAUCGCUUUGCUUAGAAGUAGUAAUUGUAAUAAUACAAUUAUUUUCGAACAAAACAAUAGAUUUUAAAAUCCGACGACACGGUCCGCGGAGCGAUGGGGGGAGGGGGGAUUGCGCAAAAUUAGGAAUGCGCAAAAGUAUGAGGUCACCAGUAGGUACAAGUUUAGAAAGAGGUCAGCGUGUAAAUAGAAAAAACUGGAACUGAAGCUUUUUUUAUACGUGAUGAAUCUGACGAGCUAAAAUAAACUAGGUGGACAAUUUUUUUCCAACAAUCUCGCAAAACGAGAUGCGGCC